AUGGUCAAAGGGAGACGCUUCAACCCACCCUUAGACAAGGACGGAAGAUGGUUCCCUCACAUUGGACUAACACAAAAGAUGCCAGAAUCCAUCACAAGUACGAUGUUGAAAGAGUCCCACAGUCCACGUUUAUCUCGGCAAGUGGAGGAGAAGCUUCCGCCAAUCUACAAAUUGCGGGAGAAGCAAGCAGUAAAUAACAACUUCCCCUUCUCUGCUCAUGACAAUCGUCACAGCUUUCAAGACUCUGGGUUCUACCUUGACUCUGUGAGUAUUUCUCCCCACAUUGCUAAAAAGAUGAACAACAACAUCAGGGCUCUUGAUUUUCUGAGACCUGGUGAAGAUUGA